AUGAGGAAGAUGCUGGCUGCCUUUGUCUCCCGAGUGAGGUCGAGUGUUGUCCAGAAGCCAGCUCGCAGAGUGCUGGUGGCGUCUUAUAACUAUUCAAACGAUGCUACGUUUGACAUUAAGAAAUGCGAUCGAUAUCUGUUGGAACAGGGGCCCCCAGUCAGCGCAGUACUCACCAGGCAGGAUGGGCUCAAAUACUACAGGAUGAUGCUGGUGAUUCGCCGCAUGGAGCUGAAGGCAGAUCAGCUGUAUAAGCAGAAAUUUAUUCGUGGUUUCUGUCACUUGUGUGAUGGCCAGGAAGCUUGCUGUGUGGGCCUCGAGGCCGGCAUAAACCCUUCGGAUCAUGUCAUCACGUCCUAUCGGGCUCAUGGCGUGUGCUACACUCGUGGAAUUUCCGUCCGAUCAAUUCUCGCAGAGCUGACAGGACGCAGAGGAGGUUGUGCUAAAGGUAAAGGAGGAUCUAUGCACAUGUAUACUAAGAACUUCUAUGGGGGCAAUGGCAUUGUUGGGGCGCAGGGGCCCCUGGGGGCCGGGAUUGCUCUAGCCUGCAAAUACCAGGGAAACAAGGAGAUCUGUUUGACUUUGUAUGGGGAUGGUGCUGCCAAUCAGGGGCAGAUAGCCGAAGCUUUCAACAUGGCAGCCCUGUGGAAAUUACCUUGUAUUUUCAUCUGUGAAAAUAACCUGUAUGGAAUGGGAACAUCUAUUGAGAGAGCCGCAGCCAGCACCGAUUACUACAAAAGGGGCGGAUUUAUCCCUGGGCUGAGGGUAGAUGGAAUGGAUUUUCUGUGUGUUCGGGAGGCGACGAAGUUUGCAGCCGACUAUUGCAGGUCUGGAAAGGGACCUUUCUUGAUGGAGCUGCAGACCUACCGUUAUCAUGGACACAGUAUGAGUGAUCCUGGAAUCAGUUACCGCACACGAGAAGAAAUUAAGAAUAUCAGAAGUAAGAGUGAUCCCAUUAUGCUUCUCCAAGAUAAAAUGGUAAACAGCAAGCUUGCCACUGUUGAAGAAUUAAAGGAAAUUGAAGCUGAAGUGAGGAAGGAAAUUGAGGAUGCAGCCCAGUUUGCCACAGCUGAUUCUGAACCACCUUUGGAGGAAAUAGGCCAUCACAUCUUCAGCAGUGAACCACCUUUUGAAGUUCGUGGUGCAAAUCCAUGGAUCAAGUUUAAGUCCAUUAGUUAA